AUGUUUUCCCCAUUACUCAACAUCAUCGUACUUUUGAGUGGGACAACACUCGCGCAGUCGGCAGUCUCCGAAAACACCUAUAACAAUAUAGUACGGUACACCGGCUUUGCAGCAGCAGCGUAUUCAGAUUACUGUGCGACGCCCCCAAGCGGCAGCACAAUUGUGAAAACUUUCAAUGUCAACUCCACUGACACACAAGCAACGCUUUUUCGCGACGAUACGUCAAAGGAGAUAAUUGUUGCGUUCCGCGGCAGUUCUAGUCCCACGGACCUGGACACUGAUUUUCAGUUCACAUCGGUUCCUUUGACAGCUGUCGGAACUUCGUGCAAGUCUUGCAAUGUGCAUUCGGGAUUUCAAACUGCCUAUUCAUCCAUUGCUUCUCAGGUGAUAUCGGCUGUUAAAGACGAGCUCUCCAGCUCGGGCUACACCACGCUCACUAUUACCGGUCAUUCGCUUGGGGCCGGGCUUUCCUCUAUAGCGACGUCAUCCUUCAUCGGUUCCGGAAUCCAAGUAGCGAACACCUACUCCUACGGAGAGCCACGUAAUGGCGACUCGGAGUGGGUAUCAUAUCUCGGGAGUCAAAUUCCCGAUGAGAACUACUUCCGUGUCACUCAUUACAAUGAUGGAGUACCUCAGAUCCCACCGACGGUCUUAGGUUUUGCACACCAUGGCCCAGAGUAUUGGCAGAGUAAGAAGAGCGGCAACUCUGCAGCAACCACAUUCAAUUGCGGGACGAAUUCCACGACUUGCAACGCGGGACAGGAUUAUGGAGACGAUCCUAUCAAUGGAGCGCAUAUCACUUACUCCAACACCGUCAUUGCAACGAGUUUACAUAACCCUUCAUGCGGAUAUACCAUUCUCUGA